GCGCGCCAAUCAUAUCUUUUAUUGGUAAAACCUAGAGGGCUUCCGAUGUUUACAUACGUAAACAUGGCCGAAAAACAGAAAGAGGAGCUUAUGGAGGAGUCUGAAGAGGGCGAGGACUGGGAGGAAUGUGAGGACCAGACAGAGGUCAGCAAGGUCACCUGUCUCUUCUGCUCCAUGACCUUCACCUCUGCAGAGGACACCUUCACACAUUGCCAGAGUGCACAUGACCUUGACCUGAUUAGAUGGAGCAGACAGCACGGACUUGACUGCAUACAGUACAUCAAGAUGAUCAACUAUAUCAGACUAAAGAAACCCUCAGCUGGAGAAGUCAGAUCUUCAUUCACCCAUGGAGCACCACCCUGGGAGAGCAGUGAAUUUAUGAACCCAGCCGACCCCGAGGACCUGCUCCUGCAGUAUGAUAUUGAAGAUGAUAUAGAGGAAAAUUUUACAAACAGAGUUAUGGUCCCUGAUAGUGCUUCAUCUGGUGGAGACCGACUGACCAAUCAGAAGUUGUCCAUGCUUGCGGUGGAACAGAACGGUGUCAGUCAGACAGAGUCGGAGACGAUGGUCGCCCGCCUCCAGGAUACAGAGCAGCGAGUCCGACAGCUCGAGGAGGAACUGAACAGAGUUCUGGGAGAUUUUGACAAAGUCAAAAAAGUUGCUCAAGACCUUCUGAUGUCACAGCCCAGCCAGCCAAUCAGUGCAGACAAUGCAGUGCAGAUGUUGACAGAGGAUGAAGAUGAUGUUUAUUUUGGAUCCUAUGCUCAUUUCAGUAUCCACCAAGAAAUGCUGAAAGACAAGGUCCGGACGGAGAGUUACCGGGACUUCAUGUACCAGAACCCCGCCCUGUUCAAGGACAAGGUGGUGCUAGACGUGGGCUGUGGGACAGGGAUCCUCUCCAUGUUCGCUGCCCGCGCAGGGGCUAGGAAGGUCAUUGGGGUGGACCAAUCAGAAAUUGUGUAUCAGGCAAUGGACAUUGUGAGAGAGAAUGGAUUGGAUGAUGUGGUGACUCUGCUGAAAGGGCGGAUAGAGGACGUGGAAUUACCGGUGGAUAAAGUGGAUAUCAUCAUCUCCGAGUGGAUGGGCUACUUCCUCCUAUUUGAGUCCAUGUUGGAUUCGGUCCUGUAUGCCAGGGACAAAUACUUACAGCCUAACGGAGUGGUUCACCCCGACAGCUGUACCAUAGUGUUAGCGGCCCUAGACGACCCUGACCUUCAGGCAAGUCAUGUGACCUACUGGGAUGAUGUGUAUGGUUUCAAAAUGACCUGUAUGAAGUCUGAGGUGAUUAAGGAGGCCAGCGUAGAAUUUGUGAAAGCAGAUAAAAUCAUCUCUGAUCAAGUAGUGGUCAAGACCCUGGAUUCCUGUACUUGUUCUGUGACAGACCUACAGUUCUCUCAGGACUUCACCCUCACAGCGACCAGCGAGGGACAAAUUAACGCCAUUGUUGGCUACUUUGAUAUCUUCUUUCACGAAGGAUGCUCCAAACAGGUGAUGUUUUCUACCGGCCCAGGGGCGACGCCCACUCACUGGAAACAAACCGUGUUCCUACUACAGCAACCAAUAAAAGUCACCAAAGGUCAGACAAUUAAAGGUCACCUAGUUUGUAAGAAGAACAGACGAGACCCCCGCUCCCUGGCUAUUACAAUGACUAUUGAUGGGGUCACCCAGAACUUUAUGAUGCAAUAAUAAAACAAAAAUAAAACUGUC